CCUUCGGUUCCUUCACACAUCCUCUCAGGAGCCUCAGCUGGGUUCCGCCUCCGCGGGAAGCCGGCACUUGAACAGCGGACUGGAAGAAGCCGGAGAGGCUGUCUGGACGCGACAGCCAGGGAGAGAGAGGAUGUAGCAUCCACACCCUACGCAUGCGUGUCGUCAUCACAUGACAGGGGCGGUGCCCGCGUGGGCGGGUGCGAAGUCCCGGCUAGGGUCGGGCUUGCUACGGCGAGACCUGCGGUGGUGACGGUAGUAUGGCCGCACUUUAUGGUGGCGUGGAAGGGGGAGGCACACGGUCCAAAGUCCUUUUACUUUCUGAGGAUGGGCAGAUCCUGGCAGAAGCAGAUGGACUGAGCACAAAUCACUGGCUGAUUGGCACAGGUACCUGUGUGGAGAGGAUCAAUGAGAUGGUGGACAGGGCUAAACGGAAGGCUGGAGUGGAUCCUCUGGUACCCCUUCGAAGCCUGGGCUUGUCCCUGAGUGGUGGGGAGCAGGAGGAUGCAGUGAGGCUCCUGAUGGAGGAGUUGAGGGACCGAUUUCCCUACCUGAGUGAAAGUUACUUCAUCACCACUGAUGCAGCAGGUUCCAUCGCCACAGCUACACCGGAUGGUGGGAUUGUGCUCAUCUCUGGAACAGGCUCCAACUGUAGGCUUAUCAACCCUGAUGGCUCUGAGAGUGGCUGUGGUGGCUGGGGCCACAUGAUGGGAGACGAGGGAUCAGCCUACUGGAUUGCACACCAAGCUGUGAAAAUUGUGUUUGACUCCAUUGACAACCUGGAAGCAGCUCCUCAUGAUAUUGGCCAUGUCAAGCAGGCCAUGUUCAACUACUUCCAGGUGCCAGAUCGGCUAGGAAUCCUCACUCACUUGUAUAGGGACUUUGAUAAGUCCAAGUUUGCUGGAUUUUGUCAGAAAAUUGCAGAAGGUUUUGUUCCAAGGGGAGCUUGGCCUCCCCAUUCUGUGUGUGGGCUCAGUGUGGAAGAGCUGGGAGCUACUGAAGGAAGGCUUUCUCCUGGCACUGACGCAGGGCCGAGAGCAACAGGCACAGAACUCCUUCUCCAGUUUCACCCUGAUGAAGUUGAGGCACUCUUCUGCACUGGGAGGGGCCAGCCUGGGGGCCAGGCACAUUGGACACCACCUUCCCAUGGACUACAGCGUCAAUGCCAUUGCCUUCUAUUCCUAUACCUUCUAGGGGCUGCCCCUCUUCCCAUUCAGCCAACACUGAGUGUUGGGAGAUUUCUCUUUUUUAAAAACACAUGAGAAAAUAAAUGCACUUUACUCCCUCCCCA